CAUUUUACAUUGAAGUUUUCUUCCAUUUUUUCCUUUUAAUAUUGUGCCGUUGGUCAUCCUCUAUUUAACUCCAUUAAAUUUGCAUGCGUCGCCGGACACCAGACUGUGUUUCAAUGACGUCAUUUAAGUUCAGCCCUUUCUUCUGAAGUUAGCUCUACUGAAUAUCGCAGAAUCUCUCUUCGUUGUAAUCCACAACCUUGACAGACAGUCGCGGACAAAUUUUCAGACGAGAGGGCGGCGGCGGUUCCAUCGGGCGCGCCCAUUAAUGCCGUUGUCUGUGUGUGGCGUCAGAGAGAGGACUGCCAUUCGAAAAAUCGUGUUUAGGGUGUUGUUCUGGUCUUUCUGAUCACCUGUAUACUGAAGAUACGAAGCUGUGACGGUCUGCGGAACUUUUGCUCUCCUCUACUCGUCAGCGCGUUUCACUUUCAGUUCAACGAGUUCGCCCAAGGGUGAACGCAGCGUACGCUUGGUGCCGUCACGGGGUUGUGAUCUUUUGUGGUUUACGUGCGUCGGAUCCUGGGCAGGCAUUGUUGUGCCAUAUCAGCUGGAUUCCAUCAGCACUUACCAUGAGUAAAAAGUGUGGAAAGUGUGCGAAGACUGUCUACCCAACAGAGGAGCUCAAGUGCCUAGACAAAGUAUGGCACAAGGGCUGCUUCCGCUGCUGGGAGUGUGGCAUGGCUCUCAACAUGCGGAACUACAAAGGAUUCAACAAGCUGCCAUACUGUGAGGCGCACAUACCGAAGCCGAAGGCGACGACGGUGGCCGAGACCCCGGAGCUGGCGCGGAUCGCUGAGAACACGAAAAUCCAGAGUAACGUGACCGCGGCCUCCAGGUCAAGUUACCAUGCCGAGUUCGAGGCGGCCAAGGGCAAGUUCACCACGGUGGCCGACGACCCCGAGACGCUGCGCAUCAAGCAGAACACGAAGAUCAUCAGCAACGCCGCCUACCACGGCGACCUGGAGAAGAAGGCCGACAUGGACCAGCGGCGCCACCUGACGGGCGAGGACGGCGACCCAGCCGCCUCCCAGCCCGCUAUCGCGCCGCCGGCCUCGCGCGCCGACAAGCCGCCGGCCGCCGCCGCCGCCGUCUCGCACGCGCACGCCGCCCGGCUCAGCAACAACAACUACGGCGGCGCCGGCGUGUCGCCCCACUCCGCGCGCGGCUCGCAGGCCGCCACCACCAUAUACACGUCCCAGCACGGCGCAGAAUGA